CAGGCGAUCAGGCGUUAACUGGCACCAUCGAUUGCCUCGCCCAUUCGCUUGAUCUCCCAGCAUGUCAGAUCGAGGGGCAAGGAACUUGCCGUCUUUUCGCCUCCUCGGCAGGAGUGGGCAAGUGUGUAGCCAGAGACCCACAGACAAGACCGGCCAGCAUGAGAGAAAGGUCCAGGUGUCUGGAUCUUCUUUUCAUUCCCCCUGCACGCAGCAGCGCAUCCCACAGGAAUUGAACCGCUGGGUGGAUUACAGGAAGCCGGAUUCAGAGAGAAGUCUACGCGAGCAAAAGCAAAAGGUUAGUCCCGAACGCAUGUUCGCCAGAGAUAUGGCCAAUGAAAGAGUAAAAAAAAAAAAAGGAAAGAAAAGAAACAGAGGACAAAGAAGCAAAUAUAAAAGCAAAAGUAGCACCCGAGGAAGAAGCAAUGGAUAGAAAUCGUCAUAAAAAAAAAAAAAAAACGCCGGUAGUGGUGGGAAAAUCAACAUCAUGCAUGAAAUGUGGGUAUAGCUGCAUCAUGCCGCAUAAGACUUGCAGACAGACAUGCAAAUAGAAUAAGACCAGCC